GUAGAUUCAAAGUAGAAGCCAAAUCUAUAGUGAAGAGGCAAAAUCUAAAUAGAGCAAAAUAUAAAGAACAGAGGAGGUUUUAACCUUUUUUAAAAAAGAAUAUCUAUAGGUUUGUUUGCGCGCAUUGAACUAGAAGUUGUUAGUAUUAAUCAUUUUCCAGCAGAAAAGAAAUCUGGAUUUGAGACGUUCAGACUAGCAAACAGGAGGAAAAGCGACGUCAGAAAAUACUGGAAGCAACCAUAGAAAUAUUCAACCUGGUUUAUGAAAACAGGAAUUACAUUACUACAAAUCAGACAAUGGAAGAGAAAAAUCUCCCAAAACAUGGGGGUGAGAAGGCAACACAGCUACAUUUGUUAUUCUGAAUUAAAAAUAAAAAUUGUUAAAAGAUCACUAUGCUCCAGCUUGCAAACCUCUGCAUGUUAUCUUGUGAUAAUCAUUUGGAUGAGCUGUUGAGCCCUACAUAAACUGAAUGUCUUUUUAAUAAAUAAAUAGUGAAAGUUCAUUUUCAAAACAACAGAUUGAAGAAUAAAGAAAGAAGUUAAGUCAUUUUGGGUGACUGGUUGGGGAAAGGAAACAAGAGAGAGAGAGCCCUUUCAGGGAAAUCCAGGCAAAAGUGAAAGAGAACUUGGAGUGGAAGCUGGAGUAUCCAACAAACUAGAGAAGAAUUCCAAGAAGAAAGCAACUAAAGUAAAGGAAUAUGGCAAUAGUGAAGGAAAAACUCAGACCCCGAAAUCUUUUGCUGGUUGUUCUCAUUCCACUUCUGCUGCUUCCUUUGCCACUUUUAUACCCCAGCAGUGAAGCCUCAUGUGCCUACGUGCUGAUCGUGACGGCUGUGUACUGGGUCUCUGAAGCAGUACCUCUUGGUGCAGCAGCCUUAGUUCCUGCUUUCCUAUACCCACUUUUUGGAGUCAUGAAAUCCAGUGAGGUGGCUGCUGAAUAUUUCAAGAACACAACUUUGCUCCUCAUGGGUGUGAUUUGUGUGGCAGCUUCUGUAGAAAAAUGGAAUCUCCACAAGCGAAUUGCCCUGCGCAUGGUCAUGAUGGCUGGAGCAAAACCAGGCAUGUUGCUUCUUUGCUUUAUGUGUUGCACCACGGUGCUAUCCAUGUGGCUUUCCAACACAUCCACCACAGCCAUGGUGAUGCCAAUCGUGGAGGCAGUGCUCCAGGAGCUAGUGAAUGCUGAGGAGGAGCGUGAGGUCAUCAAUACUGCGGGCAGCACCAUUAUCGAAGAAAACGAGCCAAUAGGUCUCACCGAAAAGCAUGGCCAAGCUUCACUGGAGCUUAUCUUCAUCAAUGAGGAUGCUACUACCAAAGACUUCAGCUCCUUGAUGCAUACGAAGAAUAUGAAUGGUGUGCACAUGAUAGCCAACCCUAUCGGAACAGUGAAGUCCAAAAGCAAUGGGCAACAUCUACCUCAGGCUCAGAUACUGGUCCUGCCUCCUAAGCCCACAGAACUGGACUUGAGCACUAAAUAUCAGUAUCAAUCCAGACAUGAUCAUAUGGUCUGUAAAUGCCUCUCACUGAGUAUCUCCUAUGCUGCAACCAUUGGAGGACUGACAACCAUCAUAGGGACAUCCACUAGCCUCAUAUUCUUAGAGCACUUCAACAAUCACUACCCAAAGGCUGAAGUGGUGAAUUUUGGCACCUGGUUUUUAUUCAGCUUCCCCAUCUCCGUCAUCAUGUUGGUCCUGACUUGGUUCUGGAUGCAUUGGCUGUUCUUGGGUUGCAAUUUUAGAGAGACAUGUUCCAUGAGCAAGAAGAAGAAGACCAAACGGGAAGAAAUGUCAGAGAGAAGAAUACAGGAAGAAUAUGAGAAACUGGGAAAUGUUAGCUAUCCUGAGAUGGUGACUGGGUUUUUCUUCGUUCUGAUGACCUUGCUUUGGUUCACUCGUGAACCUGGCUUUGUACCAGGGUGGUCAUCUUUUUUUGAGAAGAAAGGCUACCGGACUGAUGCCACUGUCUCUGUAUUUCUUGGUUUUCUCCUUUUCCUGAUUCCAGCAAAGAAGCCAUGUUUUGGAAAAAGGAAAAAAGGAGAAGGUGAAAGGUCCACAGACACUAAGACACUUGAUCCGAUCAUUACCUGGAAGGACUUUCAGAAGACCAUGCCCUGGGAGAUUGUAGUGUUGGUUGGAGGCGGUUAUGCCUUAGCAGCUGGAUGCAAGACCUCUGGCCUCUCCACAUGGAUUGGACGCCAAAUGUUGUCCUUGAGCAGCCUUCCUUACUGGGCUGUAACUCUCCUGGCCUGCAUUUUGGUGUCCCUGGUAACAGAGUUUGUUAGUAAUCCAGCAACCAUAACUAUCUUUCUGCCUAUUUUAUGCAGCAUGUCAGAAACCCUGCUUAUCAACCCUUUAUAUACCCUGAUUCCUGUCACCAUGUGUAUCUCCUUUGCGGUGAUGCUGCCAGUGGGUAAUCCUCCAAAUGCCAUUGUCUUCAGUUAUGGGCACUGCCAGAUUAAAGACAUGGUGAAAGCUGGCCUGGGUGUAAAUCUGAUUGGUCUUGCUGUUGUCAUGGUGGCAAUCAACACAUGGGGAAUUAGACUUUUCCAGCUGAAUACAUUUCCAGAAUGGGCAGUGGUCAGUAACAUCACUAGCCGAACAUAAUUAGCAAUGGAAACAAAAAAAAAAAAGUAAGACCAAAGUGAGUUGGGACAAAACAUUUAAUCUAAAUUGCACAUUUGAAAGAAAGGAAAAAACUUGUGUAUAUAAAGAACCUGGAUCCAGGGCAAAACUAUGAAGAAAAUCCACAGGAGGAUCUUCUGCAUAAACUUUUCAGUUCUGAAAAUCAACAUGAGAUUAAAAUGGAGAUUAGCUUUGGUGUAUUGUUGCUUUUCCUGUGAUACCAUAAUUCUGAAAAAAACCUUCUCCUCCAGAUUCUUAGCCUAUAGUUUUUUCAAGUUCUAGAACAAUUACGUCGCACUUAUAAAAUGGAGGAUAUAGGACUCCAGUGGCAGAAGACAAGUAUACACAUACUAGUGCACUCAAUAAAAGGAUAUUCAUUCCUACCAUUCUGACUCCUGCAGUAAAUGAAGGGCAACUUAUUCCCAAACCCAGAAUUUUCUACGCCUACUUCUUUUAAAAGCAGAUUCUUCUUCUUUUUCUGAGGUGAGUCAUCACUGUGUUGGAAAGCCAACUUUCCCAGCUAAUCCAUAUGGCCUGGAAAGAAACACAGUUACCAGCUACCAGCUAUAGCAGUUGAAAGAGACAGUAGACACCAUCAAAUAGAUAGGAAGAAGUCGUCUUCUGGGAGAGGGAUUUUUUUUUUUCUGCAGCACUGGUACAAAGCUUCUCAUAUAGCAGUAUUUGUAUUCUCUGCAUUGGAAAGAAGAGCUUUAGAAUCAGUUAGCAAGUUUUGGUCAGUACCUUCUUUCCACACUACUGUAAUGAUGUGGGAGGUUUUUUCAGCAGAUGAAACUGUGAGCAGCAAAACCUCACAUAGCCAACAGACUCAUUGCUCUCCUCUCCCUUUGGCUGCUGCUUAAAUAUAGACCUCUCACCUUCCUGACAGAGAACGUAAAAUCUCUUCCAAGAUAGUACUCUGUGCGUGCUGCUCCAUGAGUAAGAAGGGAGAGGGCUGAAAUGGAGUGGCACUGGCAUAUCUUCUCACCAUGCAUACUCAGUUUAAUAUUAUACCCACCUGCUCUCUAGCAGCCCAGAGAACAGGAACUUCAAAUGCAGGAAGCUGUGAAAUACAGCAGAUAAUUAAAAAACAAAAGGACAAUCUCUUUAUCAUCUGCAAAGUGAAUGCCCUGCUUUUCUGACUGGAUCCCUGUGAUACCUAGAUAACCUUCCCUUAUAAUAUCUAUUGUUUUUAAUCAUUUCUUCAAUGUCAAUGCCUUUAGGCUGCAUAUUAGGAUAACUGGAUCCCAUGUUAUCACACGCUCGAUAUAUAUACUUUAAUGAAUUCUCAUGCUUCCCACUUAUAAUCUAGGAUCUCUAAAUGUUAGUGUGAAUGUCUAUGCUGCAUAAAUAAGAUGUUAAUAAAAUAAACUAUUCACUACCGCAUAUUCUUGUGCUCUGUAAGAAUAUCAACAUGAUACUUUUCACCCCAUAACCCACCAAACCAUUAGGGAGGCAGUGCUGAGACAGCAGGAGGUGUUGGCUUCCUGCUUCUAUCAAAAGAGAGGGAUCCCACAGACUUGCCUUGUAAAUAAACAGAUUCAGCAAGAGGUCAUAGGUUGGAAGAGGGAGAGCAGAACAGGGGAAAACCGCACAAGCACUUCUUAGCCCUCAUACCAAAAGCAGGAGGAAGCACC